AUGCCGCUGCAGCGCGCCAACAUCCUGUUCAGCAACAUGUUCCAGCACGGCGUCGUGCUGAGUCCGACCGAAGUGUCUAAGCGCGAGCGCAUCUUCCACAGAGGUGACGUAUUGCGCUGGUCCGACGACGAAGUGCUCGGCCAGUGUAAGAUUGGCGUAUCUCUCCAGGAUAUGCUAGGCCGGAUAGGGGAAGAAAAUAGGCAAACGGGCUCGCUCGCUCUGCGGACUAUACAAAUCUCCGAACUACUAACCGUCUUCGCUGGAGAGGCAUACAUCAUGUGUCCCGCUGCAUCCGCAUCUUAUAUCUCCAUUGCACUGAAAGCAGAGUGUGGACCGACGGAUCAUCUCAAAGCAUGGGCUCACGCACUGUUGUUUGCGAAGAGGGCCCGAGAUGGGAAUGGGCACUCGGGUGAUCAGCCCAAUGAAGCACUACCUCCGACCAAGGAUCGCCUGAAGGCUGAGUUGAGGCAGACGUUGGAGGACGUCCGGGCGACGUUUGAAAAAUAUGGGGACGAGAUGAGGGGGAAGGGAUGGGAUCUAGAUGUCGCUGCGCUUGAGACGCAAGCCGGGACACGGUUGCAGAUGGACAUCCAGAAAGUGGGAUGA